CAUAAAGGUGAAAGUGGAAAAGUAGAAGGGAAAAAAAAAGAUUGAAAAUUUGAUGGGUUACAUUACUUGAAAUUCUCUCAUCAAACUCAUCCAGAACAGCUAGCAAAUGAUGACAGGGUUUCCUAACUGGUGGAGCAUGCAUCCACCAUCUUUGAUCCCUCCCCAAUAUCUUCUUCCACCUUCCUCAAUUUCUUUUAAUUUUUUCACCGAAAAUCCAGACCCUCCUCAGUCAUGGACCCAACUGCUUUCUACUGGAUUACCCGGAGAAGAAGAGAAACUUGGUUUCAUUGAUUUUCAGCAGAAAAAGUUGGAAAACUGGGAUGUCCAAAUUCUUAAUACUGCUUCCGGAGUUUCCAAUAACUUUGAUGAAAUAAAGCAAGAGACUUCUCAAAGGGGCACUUUGUACGAACAUGAGCAUGAAGAAUUUCAGGCUUCUGGCCCCGCUGACUCAUCUUGGUCACACAUGGUGCCUGUUUCUUCAUCCGGGUCUUGUUGUGUCACUAGCAUCAGUGGCAAUAAUAUAUUUGAUUUCAGUUAUAACAAGUCAGAUCACAGCAAAAAUCUUCUACGAGACCAAAUAUCCGAGUGUAAUAGCACAGCCACAGUUGGUGUUUGUAAGAAAGCUAGGGUUCAGUCAUCUUCAAGUCAAGCACCUAUCAAGGUUCGGAAGGAGAAGCUAAGUGAUAGAAUAACAACACUUCACCAACUAGUUUCCCCGUUUGGAAAGACUGACACAGCUUCUGUCUUGUUAGAAGCCAUUGGAUAUAUAAGGUUCCUGCAGGGUCAAAUCGAGGCACUCAGUUCUCCUUACUUGGAAGAUGUAUCAAAAAACACGAGGAAUCAACAGUCUCUGCUGAAAGAGAAUAAUGGCCUGAAAAGAAAAGGAGCUACAAACCAGGAAGCUGAAGAUAAAGCAAAGGAGUUGAAGAGUAGAGGGUUAUGCUUGAUGCCGGUGUCUUGUACCCAAGAUGUUGUGAGCCAAAAUGACUGGGGCACUCGCAUAUACGGCAGAGGAUUUUAAACAUAAUAAUAUUUGUGGAUGAGAUUAUAUAAUAUAUAUAACAUGGUAAUAUGUACUCUCUCUGAUCUAGGUAGGAGGAUUUGGUAUUCUUCAAACAUUUUGCUUCUUCUAAAUAUGCAUUAUGAUGAUCCACCUGAAAUUCUUU